UGUGUUGACUCGCUCCUCUCUGGAUUCUGCGGAGGAGUUUGUGGACAGCUGAAAGCAGGUUGCCGUCAGCAGAGCAGUGGUGUUUUUAGCCACCGGCUGUACCUGGGAUCUUAUCUGCUGACAUCAGGCAACAUAUUUGGAUGGAGCACUUGCACGCCUGCUAACACUUUCUUCUUUCCCUCUUAAAUACCAAAGACUGGAGAUUUGAUCCUGGUCAAUGUAUAUAGCACUUACCUCAACUCCCCCAGAAAUGAAUGCCAACAGUAUGCCUAAACAAGUGGAGGUGAGGAUGCACGAGAGUCACCUGGAGCCCAUUGAGGCCAGGCCCCAGUCGAAAUGUGCCCAAAUCUGCUCCAAAAUGUUCAAGAACCUUCUUCUCACUCUCACUGUCCUUGGUGUGAUCUUGGGGGCUGUAGCAGGGAUGCUGCUUCGUGUUGCUUCCCCAAUCCACCCAGAUAUUGUCAUGGUAAUUGCUUUUCCUGGAGACAUCCUGAUGAGGAUGCUGAAGAUGUUGAUCCUGCCACUCAUUAUCUCCAGUUUAAUCACAGGUCUAGCCGGUCUUGAUGCCAAAUCUAGCGGUCGCCUGGGCACCAGAGCUAUGGUCUACUACAUGACAACCACAGUUAUUGCUGCUAUCCUGGGAGUUAUCCUGGUGUUAGUCAUCCACCCUGGCAACCCCAAACUGAAGGAGAAUCUUGGCGAGGGCGAGAAAAAUGAUGAUGUGUCUAGUCUGGAUGCCUUCUUUGAUCUGAUCAGGAACCUUUUCCCAGAGAAUCUGGUGCAGGCUUGUUUCCAACAGAUUCAGACAGUCACAAAGAAGGUGGAGGUGGUUAUUGAGGAGGAUGUCAAUGCCACCACUAUGGAGGGCCUAGUGGCUAACAUUACAAAGGAGCCUCAGUACGUCAUCAAAAAGUCACUGCAGUUCAAAAGUGGGAUGAAUGUUUUGGGUCUGAUUGGUUUCUUUAUUGCAUUUGGCAUCUGCAUGGGCAAGAUGGGAGAGAAGGCCAGGCUCAUGAUUGAAUUCUUCAAUAUCCUCAAUGAGAUUGUGAUGAAACUUGUCAUCAUGAUCAUGUGGUACUCUCCCUUUGGUAUUGCCUGUUUGAUUUGUGGCAAGAUCAUUUCCAUUAAGGAUCUAGAGGUCGUGGCUAGGCAGCUGGGCAUGUACAUGGUGACAGUGAUCAUUGGCCUCAUUAUCCACGGAGCAAUUUUCCUCCCCAGCAUUUACUUUGUUAUCACCAGGAAAAACCCCUUCACCUUCUUCCUGGGCAUCUUCCAGGCCUGGAUUACUGCUCUGGGGACAGCCUCCAGUGCUGGUACACUACCGGUCACCUUCCGUUGUCUGGAAGAGAAUUUGGGUAUUGACAAAAGAGUCACUCGUUUUGUGCUCCCAGUCGGUGCCACCAUCAACAUGGAUGGAACUGCUCUGUAUGAGGCUGUGGCUGCCAUUUUCAUUGCCCAGAUGAACGGUGUCAACCUUGACCCUGGUCAGAUUAUCACUGUCAGUCUGACAGCCACCUUGGCCAGUGUCGGGGCUGCCAGUAUUCCCAGUGCUGGCCUGGUGACUAUGCUGCUGAUCCUAACUGCUGUAGGCCUGCCAACCCAAGAUAUCAGUCUCCUGGUUGCUGUCGACUGGCUGCUUGAUCGAUUCAGAACCUCAGUGAACGUGGUGGGUGACUCCUACGGUGCAGGCAUCGUGUACCACAUGUCGAAGGCAGAGCUGGAUGAGCUGGAUGCACACAUGGCGAAGUCGGAUGACAUUGAAAUGAUGACAAAGACCCAGUCUUAUUACGAUGACAUGAAGAACCACCACGAAAAUAAUUCCAACCAGUGCGUCUUAACCGCUACCGAUACCACAACUGCUAGCGCCACUGCUAACAAUUCUGUUGUAGUAGAUGAAUGCAAGGUAACCUCAGCCACUAAUGGCUCUGCUGCGGAGUGCACGCUUGUUGAGGAGGAACCAUGGAAACAUGAAUAAUGGCAGCACAGAGAUCCCCUGCUUCUGGGCUCCACAAGCUUUCCUGUAUGGUGAUAUACGAGAAUGAAUGAAAAAUCACAUGAACAGAACUACUAGUUGUUCUUUUUUAUGUAGCUUACUUUUCUUUCUUUUUUUAAAUUAGUCCCUUUAAAAUUUUAACUGUCUAUCUGACUGAUAUAUAUGAUACUAAUUCACUUAAUUGUGAAAUGAUAACAUAGGCAUACCUCACAUGUUAGAGCGCAGUUACGUCCUGUAUAGCAGAUACUUGCACAACAUACUUCAAGGCUUGGAGGGCGAAGGAAGGGAGGAAAACAAAGGUUAGAUAAGCUAUUCUUAGCAAUACAUUCUGGUCCCCUGUUUGUAUGAGGAGUGAAGAAGCGGAGAUGCACUGAGUUUAUCUGACAAGUUUCUUAAAGGUGACUCGUUAUUAUAGUGUCAAAGACAAGUGGGAGUUGGAGCAUUAUUCAUGUCAGCCAAUGCAAUUUGUAAUGAAAUCCCCUUCUUUCCAUCCCUGUCAGUACUAUCACAAUGUGUGCACAAGGCCACUGCUUUUUGUUUUCAUCCCAGCCUCUCAUCUAAGAACAAAAGUGUCUCUGAAGUGCUUCUUACUGCAAUUAUAGUUACCCAAUAUUACUCAGUAUCCCUGUGGACCAGAAAACUGAUGAAAGGGUCAGGGAGAACAAUAGUGAACAGGAAACACAUGCUGAGCCUCAAAGCACCCAUCAGGUUUUUAUUUUAUUUUAUUUUAUUUUAUUUUGUCUACUGUGUAGAAAAGGGAUCUUUUUCUUUGUGUCACCCAUUGGGUGAUAUUUAAAGCUAAUUUGUGUGUGUGAUAGAGAGAGAGAGAGUGCUAAGGUCAAAACAUGGCCAAGUCAAUUAAAGGGACCAAACAGGCAGAAAAUCAAUCAGCUCACAGAGGCCUUUGAACUGUCACCAUGACAUCCAUUUUCUUAAAUUAUCCAUUUAUAGCACAGCAAGAGAUAAAACCUCAAAAUCUAAAGUGUUGCCCUAAAAUUAAAAUGUAUAGAGUAUUAUCAGUUUUCACCAAAAACAGUAAUUGUUUAAUACCAAUGAAAAAGACAUUUCAAUCAGUUUUAAAACUAACCGUAAAUCUAAAUGGCAUACCUACAUAAAAUAUUGAAUAAAAUAUAAUGAAAAUACUUUUUUUUUUAAAAAAGCACAAAUCAGGCGAGAAUGUGAGUGAAGACAAUAAUCUUUCCAACUUAAAAAAAAAAUUAAAAAUAAAUGAGAUCAAAAGAUACUCUUGUUUACUCUCAUGUCAUGUUUACUCUUACAGGGAAACAUAUUUUAAUCCUAAAAUGUUUACUUGUUUGUAAGAGCAGUGUUUCCUCGAGAAUGGCCUCUUAAGAGCACAACUUUAAAAGAUUUGUCUAUGAAAAAUGACAGCAAAAGUCUUUAUUGAAAGAAAGUUAUUGUAUGAUAUAUGACAAUACAGUAAGCACACGUUUAUUAUUUCAAACUACAUUCCAGUGGCUGAGUGAUCCUGUGAACCAGUGUACUAGAAAGCACAGACAUAGUUAUUAUUAAACACUGGCAGAGCACAAAAGGUGAACAGCUAGAAACGUUUCUAAAAAGAAAUUGAGAAGGAAGUAGAGCAGCACUCAGCUGUCAGAUGGAUUCUUGGCUUGCACAGAGACAGAUCCUCUCUGGGAACACCUGCCAGCUUCUUGUUCUAGCCAGAUCUAAAAAGGUAAACAAUAUAUUUUUGCCACCAGAGCUCAAGACUGUUUCUACAAACCCUAAAUGCUGCAGCUGUUUAUCCAUAAAGUGGGAAGGUAGUUGAUGAAACCAGAAUAUGAGAAUGGACAUGCACAGUUAUAUGCCAGGAUGUUCCAGUUAUCAGGUAAUACACAUAUAAUCAUCUCCUAGAACCAAAUGAUUAAAAAAAAAAUAUGGCAAAUACACAAACAAAGCAGGAAUGCUGUCUGUUAUCGUUUUUUGGGUGCAUGUGUGAGGGAGGUGAAACUGAUGUCAAUGUGAAUUUGAUUUCUUUGUCAGCACUGUAUUCUUCUCUCCUCUCUUGUUUCUUUUCAUCCGCGCUGAAUGACCUUGCCUUGAAGGUGUUCGAUUCAAACAAAUGCCAAUUAAAAUAACAGUAGGAAACUUAACACAACAUCUAGUGCAGCACUCUGUCAUUUGUCUACUUUUAUACAUCACAAUGAGCGUGCAGCGUUCUGCUCAACAUACUGCAUAGACUGAUGUAUAUAUGCACCAUCUUCACACUUUUCUCCAAAUGCACAUGUAACAAAAAUGCAAAAAUAAGUAAACAAACAAACACAUGGAAGGUCAGUACAUUUAUAAUUGUUAUGAGUGAGUACAGCACUGACACUCUAACUUCUUGUGAUCUUCAGGACACACACACACACACAAACACACACAUACACACAUAUAUCUAUAUAUACAUAUACAGUGAGUAGCCGACAGUGUCACCGAUGGGGAUUGUGUGUUGGACCAAUAUUAUGUUCAAACUCACGGUUUUAGAAGCAUGAAUUAAAAUGAUAUGAUAAUUAUUUUUUGCACCACUAUCUUAAAAGCAUGAUAUUUUGAAGUGCCUCCUUGCACUUUGUGUACAUAUUGUAGGUAACAGAUGCUUUUUGUUUGUUUUUGUUUUUUUCCGGGGAAUGUGGGGGGUAUCAAAAUGGUACGUAGAAAUAUAGUUUCAUUGCUGUGACAUUUAUAAAUGUAAUCCUCUAGAGAAAAAAAAAAUCAUCCAUGAGACGAGUAAAAUUAGAUUAGACAAAAUGUAUAGAGGAAAAUAUGUCAUAAAUUGCUUGUUCUUUUUUAUUCUCUAAUACCUGUUAACUAGCUGCUUUAAUUAACUGUCACAUUCCAGCAUAUAAAUAUCUUUUUUUUUAUCUAAUGUAAGUGUUUUGAAUGUUUCAUCCAUGAAGAUAUAAGCAGUGUGAAUUCAUUUUCAUUGUACAUACAUAAAUAUAUAAUUAUUCUGUUCAGUGACAAUGCAGAAUUCUCCGGAAAUUAUAGUAAUCCUGCAAAAAAAAAAAAAAAAAAAAUUCUAUUGCAUGAAGAAGAGAAAGAAAGAGACUGAGAAAGAGUGAGAUGAGAUAAAAAUAGGCAUGAGGAAGUUUCUGGUUUGAUGAGGGGGCCAACACGAGUUAUUUGGGUGGGAAAUUAUUAUUAUAAAGGUUAGUGAUAAGACACAAAAACAGGGGAAAAGGUCAGAUUUGCUCUGUGUGUAGGAUAGUGAUGAAUCAAACAUAGCUUAAGAGUUGAUAUAAGAGAAAGCUCAAACUUCAGUUGUAUUCAAAUGCCUGUUACAGUAUACAGCAACAUUCCUCAGGUGACUCAUCUAAACACAUUUUGUCUUUACAAAGGAAGAAAAACUGGUUUAGUCUCAGACAUGUUUGUUUACCUGGUGCAUUUGAAGACAUGGACAUCUAUAUCAUUUAGAUUCCAUGUUAGCAUUUCCAUAAAUCACAUCUUGACACAUUUGAACUCUGUCAUGUCAUCAGUCUAGGAUGUUUUUAGGAAUACUACUUAGUAAGCUGCCUUCACUUGACUUGCCUUUUUACUUUCUGCACAGAAACGAUAUGCACGCACAAACACCUGGAAUCGCUUACCUAAAUGGUACUGACUACAUGGAAAAUAAUAGGCACAGCAAAGAGCCAGUAUAUCGUCAAGCCUGUGCUUUUCUACUGAAAUGUGUCUUUUUGAAGAAACUCAUACACUGAGCUGAUAACCUGUUACACUCCUGCCUACAAUGUGCUUUGCAGAUUUUACUUUUCUAGGCCUUCCCUCUUUGUAAAGCUGUUGUUAUCUUGAUGUAAAGGCAGAGGUUAUGUGUGGGGAAAUUCACUGUUGAGAAAAAAAAAAGAAUUCUUUUCUCAGUUUAUGGUAUACAUAAAAAUCUGUUUCUACAUAUCAAUAAGUGUUGUACCUUUGGUGUACAUAUACAAAUAUAACUAAUAAAUGUUGAUUGAUAACUAAAUUGCA